AUGAAGGACAACCAAAUUUACAAUCAAAUCACAACUGAACAACAUAUUGAAGCAACAAGAAAAACUCUUGUUCAUCCUGAUAAAUGUCAUACAAUGAUUCAACGUGUUGUUGAUGAACGUCAAUUUGAUCACGAUUCAUAUUUACAAAAAUUUGGUAUUACUGUUGAUGUUAAUGAAAUGUUAUGGAUACCUGGAAGAAUUUUAUCAUCACCAGAAAUUAAAUAUAAAUUAUCAGAUAUUAAUCAACAUGAUAUUAUCGAAGGAGUACAAAUUGGUAGAUGGUGGUUAAAUAAGUUUUUUAAAAAAGUACGUGAAAUACGUACAUGGACUAUUGUUCUUGUUAGUCAACAUAAACCUGAGGAUCAACAAAUUUGUUUAACAAGAGAUUUCACUCAAAGAAUUUUACAGGUUAUGUCAAAAUAUGGUGUUCAAUUUAAUUCAUCACCUAUUGAAAAAUAUGAUGCAGCUAUAUUACCAACCAUAUUAGCUCGUAUGGAUGAACUUAAAAUGCUAGGAUGUGAAGUUAUUAUUUAUAUUCUUGAUCAAGUUGGUGAUGAAAUGUAUAAUGCAGUAAAACAGCUUGCAAAAAUAAAAAUUGAAUUUAGUGAAAAAUUAAAUAUAUUAUUGGAUGGUUGUCAUCAACUUAUACCAUUAGUAUCUUCUUUCAAUUCACCAACAUCUCGUUCAGAUGUAUUUAUGUUCUUCGGUAUUGGUUAUACUCAUAUAGCAUUUUCAUCUGAACGAGCAUCAAUUGCUUUUAUUUGUGAAUCAACAGAUUCAACCAAUUCAAAAUAUUCUAUUCGUCUUUUAAAACAAGUUGUACCGAUAGGAAAAAUUUCUUAUUCAAUGAUAAAAGAUUUUCAUAUAUAUGUUGGUGAAUUAAUACGUGAAUUUUUUCAACAUAAUUUACGUUUACCAAAUAAACUUGUUUUCUAUCAAGUUGAUCUUGGUAAUGAAUCAUUUCAAACAGUACUUGAUCAUGAAUUAAAAGCGAUUGAAGAAGCAUGUCAAGCAUUGUAUGGUCAUAAUCAAAUUCCUCGCAUUUGCAUUGUUCUUGUUAAAAAACAUCAUAAUACACGAACAGUAAUUGAUACAGAUAUUGUUUCGCCAAAUUGUUUUGAUUUUUAUCUUAAUUCUGAUGCAUCUAUUCAUGUUACAGGAAAACCAAUGCUUUAUCAAGUCUUAUAUAAUGAAAUUGGUUUUACAUCAAAUGAAAUACAAAUAUUAACGCAUUAUUUAUGUCAUACUGAUGCACAAUGUACCAAAACAAUAGCGGUGCCACGGGCCAUCUAUUAUGCUACAGAUAAUGUGGUGUAUUACAUAAAUAGUAAUUAUUCGGAACCACAAAAGAUCAUACAAGAAGAAAAUGACGCUGCUUUUAGUAGCACAAGAUGGUACACGUAUGAUGAUGAUUGUGAUAAAGAACAAAAAUGGCUUAAUACAGAAACGGGUCUUGAUCUUAAAUCUGUUAGUUAUACGAAUCCACCACAUCAAUCAACAAAUGCAUGUAUUCAAGAGUUUAUUUAUGGGGAAUCUGAAAAAUUACAAUAUGUAAAAAAUGAAAACCCUAAUUCAAAUAUUUCAAAUCAAUUGUAA